CAGCUCUUAAAUUGUAUCUUCUUCCUACAUUAUAAACAUUACUAUCAAGCCAAGUUAUAAAACACUCUCUAUCUCUAAAGCAUAUAUCCAAGUUUCACUUCAAUCCAUUUUCUUGCAAGAUUAAUCUUAAGCUAAUCAUACCACCAUGAGUCACUACAACCAGCAGUACCAGGGUGCAGGAGUAUAUCCACCACCACCAACUUCAUACCCUCCACGGCCAGCAGCCGGGGCAUAUCCUCCUCCAGGGCACGCUUAUCCUCCACCACCAGUUCAAGGUCCUUAUGUUGUUCCUCCACCAGUUUCAUACCCCAUGAAAACUGAGGGAUACCCCCAAGGUCCCCAACAACCAGUCCCCUACCAUCAUCAAGACAAGGGCAAAGGCGGCGGAUUUUGGGCCGGAUGUUGCUCUGCCAUGUUUUGCUGCUGCCUCUGCGAUUUGUGCUGCUUGCCUUGUUCAAUCUGUUAAUUGUUCAAAGGAUUGUAAAUUCAUUUGUAUCCGAUUCAUGCCGCUGUCUCAAUAAUUUCCUUGUGCUUGUGUUUAUUCGUUUUCAUACAGUGAGACCUUUCUUAUGUGUAAAAUCGAUCAUGUCAUGAUUAAUAUUUGUUACAUAUACUUAAUUUACCAAUCACGGUAUUACU